AUGGAAUUUGGGGGCAGCAACUAUUUUCGAUUCAGAUUAGCUUUGAGUUUAAUUAGCGGAAAGGAAAUAACAAUUAAAAAUAUUAGAAAAAAAAAUUCACACAAAAAAACAAGUAAAGACGAAGAAAUUGAUGAUAAUGAAAUAAAUGAAGGCCUACAAGAAUAUGAAGCAAAAAUUUUAAAGCUUAUAGAUAAACUAUGUGAUGAUACUAUUAUUAAAAUUAAUGAAGAUGGAGAUGAAUUAUAUUUUAAACCAGGAUUUUUAAUAGGUAAUGUAAAUGAUGAAGUUAAAAUAAGUGACUUAAAUAAUACUUUUCAUUGUGGUAAUGAAAGAAGUAUAAGCUAUUUUUUAGAGUUUUUAAUUAUGAUUGUUCCAUUUUUUAAAAACCCAGUAAAAUUAUUAUUAAAAGGAAUAACAGACGAUCAAAUAGAUAGAACCGUUUAUACAUGCAAAAUAGUUUGUGAAAAUUUUUUUAAAACUUUUUUAAAUGUAAAUGAUGACUUUUUAAAUAUUACAAUUUUAAAAAGAGGCACAAAAUUAGACGCUACAGGUGAAGUUUCAUUUUUUAUGAAUAAUUUAAAAAUGGUUAAUUCUUUCGAUAUGCAUGAUGCUGGAUUAGUUAAAAAAAUCACAGGAACUAUUGUAUGUAACAAAAUGUCUAUGAUUUUUCGAAAUAAAAUUGUAAAUUGUGCAAAAAAAAAUCUACAUAAUUUUACCCCAUAUGUUAGUAUUGAAGUAGAAAAGGAAAAAAAAAACAACUAUACUAAUAAAAACAAUUCUCAAAAUAAUUUUAUGUCCUUAUCUUUGUUUGCGCAAACAAAAAAUAAAUGUAUUUAUGGCACAGAUCUUUAUGUUGACAAAUUUAUGCUCCAACAUGUUAAGGAUAUGUUAAAUAGUCGGACUGAGGAUAAUCUGUCUAUGCAACUUGGGGAGCAUAAAUGGGAUGAAGGGCAAGUGGACGAAAAUGAUGAAGAAAAAGAAGAGGAAGAAGUAGAAGAAGAUGAAGAAGAGGAAGAAAAAGACGAUGAGGAAGAGGAAGAAGAUGAAAAUGAGGAAGAAGAUGAAAAUGAGGAAGAUGAAAAUGAGGAAGUAGAAGAAGAUGAUGAAAAUGAAGAAGAGGAAGAUGAAGAUGAAAAUGAAGAAGAGGAAGAUGAAGAUGAGGAAGUAGAAGAAGAUGAUGAAAAUGAAGAAGAGGAAGAUGCGGAAGUAGAAGAAGAUGAAGGAGAAGAGAAAGAAAAAAAGCACCAAUUAAAUAAUAGAGGCAUUUCUACUUUUAAAGAUGAAAAUAAGGAGAUGAAUAAUAUUAGCAAUAUUGAUGCCUCAAAAGAUGCACUAAAAACACUGCAUGAUGUUGAUAUAUACGAAAGACUAGGUUUUUUUAUUUCCCUAAAAUUAAUGAACGAAAUAAAAGGAUUAUCAUCCAUAGAUUCAAGUUAUCAGUGGUUGCCUUUGCUUUAUAUGGCAUUGGCAAAUGAUACAGCCGUUUCCAAAAUCUCACUAAGUGCUUUAAAACCUUACUCUAUUGUUCUUAUUCGCCUUUUAAGAGACUUUUUCAGUGUAGUUUUUGAUAUACAAAAAGUGGAAAAAUCUCAAAUUGAAUAUUCAUACCUUAUAAAAUGUGUUGGUAUAGGUUAUCGUAACUUUUCAAAAAAAACUUUCUAG